AUGCAAGUGUCCACCUUGUUCAGUUGGCGAUUCUUGCUCAUACAAUGUGUCUUUCCCAAGACAAGGGAGACUGAGGGUGCUGGACUCAAUUCUGUUCCUAAUGAAUACCUGGAGAUUUCUACCUCCUAUUUAAUUGUGGGCCUGGACAUCAACUUUCAGUUUAGAGAAGAGAAUCAGAUGGAGUCAGCCAAGCAUUCAUCUGACUUGAAGCCAGUGGAUUUCAUGAGCCCUAUUCUGAGGUCUCUGCUGCUGGGGGACUUCCUCCCCUCCUGUGACCCUCCGGGGCGGCGGCGGGUGGGCUCGGCCGCCCGUAGGCUCAUCGCCGGGCCAGCCCCGCGUGCUCGCGGCGGCGCGGUGGCGCCAGGUCCCUUUCCUCCGCGCCUCCCCCUCUCGCGCGCACCUGCUUCUCCUCCCGGGUCCCGCCCCGCGCGCCGGCGGCCCGGAUCCGGGCGCUGGGAGGCGAGGGGCGAAGAACACACAAAGGGCGGAGCGGCGGGAGGGGGCGACGCGGGGCUCGGGCUCGGGCCGGAGCGCGGCGCGGGCAUGGACGCCGAGUACCCUGCCUUCGAGCCCCCGCUCUGCGGCGAGCUCAAGCUCCUGUGCAAGCGGCUGCAGGAGGCGUACCGCGAGCUGAAGGAGGACCUCACGCCUUUCAAAGAUGACCGCUACUACAGGCUGGCGCCCAUGCGACUCUACACACUCUCCAAGCGCCACUUCGUCCUCGUGUUUGUCGUCUUCUUCAUCUGUUUUGGGCUCACCGUGUUCGUCGGGAUCAGAGGACCCAAAGUGAUCCAGACUUCUGCAGCUAAUUUUUCACUAAAUAACAGCAAAAAGCUAAAGCCAAUUCAAAUACUUUCAAAUCCACUGUCUACAUAUAAUCAGCAACUGUGGCUGACAUGUGUGGUUGAGUUGGAUCAUCAAUCAAAAGAAACUUCUAUUCAGACAAGCUUUCCCAUGACCGUUAAAGUCGAUGGUGUAGCUCAAGAUGGGACCACAAAGUACGUUCACAACAAAGUUCACAACCGGACGCGGACCCUCACAUGUGCAGGGGUGAAAUGUGCAGAAAUUAUUGUGGCUCACCUUGGCUACUUGAAUUACACGAGGUACACAGUGACUGUGGGAUUUGAACACCUGGAGCAUUCCAUCAAGGAAAUGAACUUCACGUGGAAGACUUAUGACCCUGCAUUUUCCCGGCUGGAAAUUUGGUUCCGAUUUGUCUUUGUAGUACUGACCUUCAUUGUCACCUGCCUGUUUGCACAUUCCCUCCGGAAGUUCUCCAUGAGGGACUGGGGGAUCGAGCAGAAGUGGAUGUCUAUUCUUUUGCCUCUGCUGCUGCUGUACAAUGACCCCUUCUUCCCCCUAUCCUUUCUGGUGAACAGCUGGCUCCCGGGCAUGCUGGAUGACCUCUUCCAAUCUGUGUUCCUGUGCGCCUUGCUGCUCUUCUGGCUGUGCGUGUACCAUGGGAUACGUGUUCAGGGAGAAAGAAAGUGUUUAACUUUCUAUUUGCCUAAAUUCUUCAUUGUUGGACUGCUGUGGCUGGCUUCUGUUACACUAGGAAUAUGGCAAACAGUUAAUGAAUUACAUGAUCCCAUGUACCAGUACCGAGUUGACACUGGAAAUUUUCAGGGAAUGAAGAUCUUCUUCCUGGUGGUGGCAGCUGUGUAUAUUUUAUACCUUUUGUUCUUGAUAGUGCGGGCAUGUUCUGAGCUACGUCACAUGCCUUAUGUGGAUCUCAGGUUAAAAUUUUUAACUGCAUUGACUUUUGUAGUGCUGGUCAUUAGCAUUGUCAUCCUUUAUUUAAGAUUUGGAGCACAAGUGUUGCAAGACAAUUUUGUUGCAGAACUGUCAGCGCACUACCAGAAUUCAGCUGAGUUCUUAUCUUUUUAUGGCCUGUUGAACUUUUAUCUCUACACCUUGGCCUUUGUGUAUUCCCCAUCAAAGAAUGCUCUCUAUGAGUCCCAGCUGAAAGAUAAUCCUGCAUUUUCCAUGUUGAACGACUCCGAUGAUGAUGUGAUUUAUGGGAGUGACUAUGAAGAAAUGCCUCUGCAGAACGGCCAGGCCAUUCGGGCCAAGUACAAGGAGGAGUCCGACAGUGACUGAGCUCGUGGCGGGGCGGCCAGGUGGCUCAGUGCCUGGACCUUCUCCUUGGGUGCCCACUCCUGCCCUUCCCCAUACCUGUCUAUGUACAUCUAGACCUCCUUGUGAGCAAAGAUCUCUUGAUCCUUAUUUGUUUACAUGUUCUUAAAAGGAAAACCAAAACUGAGGGCAAAUUUAAAUGUCGGGCCAAAUUUCUAGUCAAGGUGGCUACAUUUAUUUGGGAAGAAAGGCGUGGAUAAAGUUUAUAAACAGCCAAAUGCUUUUUAGAACAUUUCAGAUAAGAGCAUGUUUUCGGUGGUGGGGAGGAAAUUGCCUUGUUCAGUGAGUGAACUAGGUACUUUCUUUUCACUCAUUCACUAGUUCCAAGUGCAUUGGCAUCCCUUGUUUCCCUUUCUUGCCUUCCCCUUGCUAUCUUUUUUUUGACUGAGGAAGCCUAUUUCUGUGGCUUCAGGGGUGCAGUCCUUCCUCGGGGAGUGGCGUCUGAAUGAGUUGGUAAUUUGGAAUCACUGUGGAUUUGCGAAGCAUGUAAAGUGUGAUUUACCUGGGGAAUGGUGGGUGGCCAGGUUCCAGUCCUUCACUGUCACCAAAGCAGAAGUAAUAGCCUGGAGCUCUGAGGAGGAUUUGGUAAGUUGAAUAGGAAAAGGCUAAGAUAAUCAAGAAGCUACUGGCUCCUGUGAGGAAGGAUUUGUUGCCUUGGUGUUAUGGUUGGGGUGGGCAGGAGGGGAGCUGUUACCAUGCCAAUAAAUAGCAGUUUCUGCAACUUCUGAAUAAGAAA